AGCACUUUUUAUCCUUUUGUUUUUCUGGUUCUAUAAAUAAGAAGUUAGACGGGCAAACUCUCCCAUCAUCUCAAAGGACACAUACAUAAUAUCUUCUUUGCAAAGCAACAACUCUCACAAUUUUUUUUCUCAUUUCAUCAUCAUGUCUCAGACAGUUGUUCUCAAGGUUGGCAUGUCAUGCCAAGGGUGUGUUGGAGCUGUGAACAGGGUUUUGGGCAAAAUGGAAGGUGUUGAAUCAUUUGAUAUCGAUAUAAAGGAGCAAAAAGUGACCGUGAAAGGAAAUGUGGAACCCGAAGCUGUUUUCCAGACUGUUUCAAAGACUGGAAAGAAGACUUCUUUCUGGGAAGAAGCAGCACCAGCACCAGCACCAGCUGAACCCGAAGCAAAGCCUGUAGAAGAAAAGCCUGCAGAAACACCAACUGACCCCGAACCAAAGCCCGCGGAAGAAAAGCCCGCUGAAACUGUUGCUGCAGCAUGAUGAUUGUUACCUUAACUAGUGACUGAAAUUUACACCAUGCCUGUGAUUUGUUAUGCAACUUCUUUUUUUAUAUGACUAAAGCCAGAAUGUGAUGUGUAACAGUUUAUUCAGAGUUGAAAUAAUUGUCUGCUAA